AUGCCGAGCAUUAGAGCUCCGGCUACAAAGCAAACUACAACACUCACGGUUGCUGUGAAAUGCAGGCCGUUAAGGGAGAGAGAACGUGGCCGCGAUAUUGUUCGAGUAAUUGACAAUAAGGAGGUGGUUGUGUUGGAUCCUGAUCUGUCAAAGGACUACCUUGAGCGCAUACAGAAUCGAACAAAGGAAAAGAAAUAUUGUUUUGAUCAUGCAUUUGAUCCUGGCUGUACUAAUUUGGAUGUCUACACAAAAUGCAUAUUGUCUGUCAUCUCUGGCGUUGUUAAUGGUCUCAAUGCUACCGUGUUUGCUUAUGGUUCUACCGGAAGUGGUAAAACAUAUACAAUGGUCGGGACACAAGAUGAUCCAGGACUCAUGGUACUCAGUUUGCAUACAAUCUUUGAUCUAAUCAAAAGGGACAAGAGCUCUGAUGAAUUUGAAGUUACCUGUUCCUAUCUUGAAGUCUACAAUGAGGUCAUCUACGAUUUGCUUGAAAAGUCAUCAGGCCAUUUGGAACUCAGAGAGGACCCCGAGCAAGGAGUAAUUGUUGCUGGGCUGAGGUGUAUCAAGGUACAAUCAGCUGAUAAGAUUCUUGAACUCUUAAACUUGGGGAAUAGCCGACGGAAAACUGAAAGCACAGAGGCUAAUGCAACAUCUUCUCGGUCACAUGCAGUGCUGGAAAUAAAAGUAAAAAGAAAACAGAAAAAUAAGUACCGGAAUCAAGUAAUGCGAGGAAAACUCGCACUUGUGGAUCUAGCUGGCAGUGAACGAGCUUCAGAAACAAACAGUGGAGGCCAAAAAUUAAGGGAUGGAGCAAAUAUUAACCGUUCACUUCUCGCCUUGGCAAACUGCAUAAAUGCACUGGGGAAACAGCAAAAGAAGGGUCUUGCUUAUGUUCCUUACCGCAAUAGCAAAUUGACACGAAUACUCAAAGAUGGUUUGAGUGGUAAUUCUCAAACGGUUAUGGUUGCUACUGUAUCCCCUGUGGACAGUCAGUAUCAUCACACUGUGAAUACCUUGAAAUAUGCUGAUCGGGCAAAGGAAAUAAAGACACACAUCCAGAAAAACAUCGGCACUAUUGAUACACAUGUAUCAGACUACCAACAAAUGAUUGACAGUCUUCAGAUUGAGGUUUGCCAAUUGAAAAAAGAACUAGCUGAAAAGGAAUCACAGCUAAGUGUCAAACCUGUUGAAAAAGCUGCAGAUGAUGAACUUUCAUGGUUGAAUAUUUUGAGCCAUGAAACCAGUGAAAAUGUUCAGGAAAGGAUAAACCUACAGAAGGCAUCAUUUGAGCUUGAGGAAACCAACCUUCGUAACCACCUUGAACUCCAACAUCUUGAUGAUGCUAUAGCAAAAGAACAGGCUGUUGGAAAAGAUGGGGAAGUUUUAGAGGUUAUGAGAACAAGGCGGCAAGUAAUUUUGGAUAACAUCCGUGAGAAUGAUGAAGCUGGUGUCAAUUACCAUAUGGAAAUUGAAGCAAAUGAGAAGCAUCGAUGUGAACUCCAAAAUAUGAUUGAGGAGGCCAUUAGUAACAAUGGCAAUAAAACAUACUUGCGUAUUCUUAGUCAAUACAGGCUCUUGGUGAGUUGA